ACUUUAAGCCAAAAAUACAAUGAAGAGGAUUUUCGUUCAUCAGAAAAAUACGUAACGCGAUGAUCCACGACUAUUAAACUAGAUGAGAAACAAGGACCAACUGUGAUUUUCAAGUUAUUUAUAAUCGUAUCUUUUUUAUCCAAGUACUCCUUACUAUUUUAUCCUGCCCUCUAUCGUCCCUCACGGUAGAGCGCCCUUGCCCUAUUGUCCCUUUAAUUAAGUCCAGCCCAGCUGACUGUGAAUUGGGCCAACAGUGCAGUAAAUAAAGGGUGGUUGUGUUCAGGAGAAGUUGAAGUUUUAGUUCAAUUUAAUUUCUUCUCAAAACUGUGAACUUACAAGAUGAGCCUUCAAAUGAAUAACAACUUGAUAACUGAUACUGUAGUUGAAAUACUAGAAAUGGCGAAUCUACCACCCAGCCAACUUGAUAGUUUCUCCUUGGAUAGUAAAGAUCUGACCAUCUCCAUGAAGGAACUUUUAAAAUUAUACACAAAGUUGAUACAGAUACCCAGCAGCAAUCACAAUGCCAUGAGAAGGAAACUGCUCUAUCACUUGUCCUUUUUCAAACUGCAACUGUUACAAUUCAUGACUCUGGAUAGUUUCUACAAGCUCAUCGAGGGUUUACUAGGGUUUUACUGUAGAUUGGAGCUAGAAAUAACUAGUAUAGAUUGUGAGAGACAGGAAGAAAACACUGACAAUACUGAGGAGUGGAUCUGCAGAACAUCGGAUAGAAUUUUAACUGUGCUCAAAACCUAUUUGAAAAACAGUGAGAAGCACAUUUUCAAGUUAUUAUUGCAUGUCAGCAGGCAAAAUCGGAAUGAAUAUGGUUGUGCUGUAUUGAGGAUACUGUAUUGUCAAGUUUUGAAUAUUUAUCCUUUGCAUUAUUUGUACACUGAAGCAUUGUGCAGGAAGUACAUUAUAUUGAUGAAGGUGAUUGAGCACAAUACAGAAAAUUUUGCUGCAAACGAUCAGAAGAUGUUGACAAAAUGCCAGUUCUAUACUGAUCAUAUUAUGGAUUUAACUUUCUCAGUCAAUAAUGGAAAAUCUUUGAAGUUCCAAAAUAACGUUUUUAGUUUAGUGAGCACGAUUCAAAGUUUGGUCCAUAAAGAAAGUUCAAGUGAUAAUGUGAUAUGUGAUGUCGAUGUUUCGCCUAUUGAUGAUGUUGACGAUCUACCUGAGAAACCGAUUACUGAAAACGUGAUGUCUACUGAUGAAUUGGUGAACUUGCUGGAUUGCGGCAAUCAGAAGUCGGAAUCGAUUGAUAAAUUAUUAGCGAUGAAGGCGAUACGACGCAAACCUAAUUUACUACUCAAGAAAAUUGAUCCAAUAGUCAUGAAUCAUUUAGAUAACAGUACGACCACCGCAAAAGAUAAAACCCGCAAAGUACAUUUUAAAAUUCCCACACAACUGGAUAUUGCAAUCAAUGACCAUGAAAAAUAUAAAAAGCAAUCUAAUAAAAAGGUACAAACUCCUGAGAAAUCCAAUGAAAACUCUGAGAAUCUAACUAUUGAAAGUAUAUUAAAGGAUGAAGAUAUUCUUUCACAAUGUUACGAUAAAAAUGAAGCAAUCAUCGAAAGCCUAAGAAAUGUUCAAAUUUUGAAAAAACUCUUCCUGAUAGUUUUAUCAAAUAAAGAACCGUUGGAUUUGUUUGAUACGAACAAGGCGUAUCUGAUCCUCUGCGCAAUAGUUCCCUUAAUCAGGGUCUUCAUAGUCUGUAAAUGUGAACUUAUACAGUUCUUAAUCAACUUUAUAACGCAGAAGACUCCUUUGGAUCCAAUGUUGGCGUCGCGAUAUUCCAAAAUUAUGACCCUUUUAGUGGUCAGGAGCGACGAUGAGGAUUGGUACACUUACAGGCGUGAAUGCAAUUUAGUGUUGGACUACAUCCAGUGCAGGAAAAUGAUUAACGGAUUGUUGUUCCACGUCGAAACGGCGGCGAUCAGAGACUUACUGAUGGUCCUCAUGACGCAGGUUUACUUGAAGCAGCGCAUCAUCAUCUUUUUGAAUGAUCACGAUUUGAUCCAGUCGUUGAUCAAGAUGUUGAUCUCGAAGUUGGGACCUGCGAGGAACGACAGCGUCGCACAGCUUCUGCACGAGUUCGGACAAAUUGCAAACAGGAAUCGCAGAACGCAGCAGAAGAGACACAGGACGGAUGUGCUGCUCAGCACAUUGGAACAGCCUUCAACGAUCCGCCUCUUGUUAAACACGAUUUUCACGAAGCACAGAUCCGAGAGCUCCUUGGUCGGUGGUAUGAAAGUGCUCAUUGGCUUACUGAAGUACGAGAAAUCAACUAUUUCGAAAUACUAUUAUCCGAAGAGCUACAAUACUACGGAAUCCCAGAUGCUUCCAGCGCUCAAGUAUUUGGAAUUAAGGUGGAUCGAAUCCACCGCGCAUAUAGUGACGGAACGAUUAUCCGAUUUUCACGAAGUACUGAUGCAUCCACCGAAAAAAGCCAGCAUCGAGACAACUGUAGGUUUAUUGAAGGUACCAAUGGGCAACACCAGAAUCCAAGUUGUGACAUUGUUGGCGGUUCUAAUUAAAAUCGGUAAUAAUGAUACAGUCACAAAGUUGGUGUCUUUGGGCACGAUGAAAGUGAUGCUGGACCUAUUCUUCUCUUAUCCCCUGAACAACUUGUACCACAUCCAAGUGUACGCUUGCAUAUUGGCCUCGUUCCAAACGUACGAUUCGUGCACCCCUAAUAAAACCAGUUUGGCGAUGCACCUGCUCGUCGAUUGCCAAUUGGUGGAGAAGAUAAACAAAUUCUUGUUGCACAUCGACCCCAAAUCGACUAAAUCGAGACCAGGAUUCUUGGGUUGGUUGGUAAAAAUUGCCAAUGUCGUGGCAGAUUAUUGCGAGAUGAGGAAUCCUCUUGGUAAAGAGCUUCGAAAGAAAGCGCCCAAAUCCUUCAAGCUGCUGCAACAAUUGAAAGCCGGCCGAUUACGUGAUAUAGUCCUGAUUUUCAUGUAUCCUCUGAUGGGCGACGAGUUUGACGACAGCCAUUCCGAUUAGAGAAUAAUAGAAAGCUGUGUUGCUUACACCGACCGAUUCUACCUCCAUCGAGUUCAAAUUCAUUAGGAUAAUUUUAUAAGUAGCAUUUUAUAAUUUAUACAUGAAUAUAAUUUACAACUAUA